GGCAACUCGAGUGAGGUGGCGCUGGCUGAGGGCCUAGAAAAGGAGGACUUCCUGCAUGUACCGCUGGCACCCAAGCUCGACCUGGUCACCAUGAAUGAAACAGACCCAAAGAGCAUCAUCACGCGCAUAUGUGCGCUCAUGUCCCGCCACUGGCUCCAGGGCGUCGUGUUUGGAGAUGACACAGACCACGAGGCCAUUGCCCAGAUCCUUGACUUCAUCUCAGCGCAGACCCACAUCCCCAUCCUGGGCAUCCGUGGAGGCUCCUCCAUGAUCAUGGCUGCCAAGGAUGACAACUCCAUGUUCUUCCAGUUCGGCCCGUCUAUAGAGCAGCAGGCCUCAGUCAUGCUCAACAUCAUGGAGGAGUACGACUGGUACAUCUUCUCCAUCGUUACUACCUACUACCCUGGGUACCAGGACUUCGUCAACAGGAUCCGGAGUACCGUAGAUAAUAGCUUUGUGGGCUGGGAACUGGAGGAGGUGUUGCUGCUCGAUAUGUCAGUUGACGAUGGCGACUCUAAGAUUCAGAACCAGAUGAAGAAGCUCCAGAGCCCCGUCAUACUGCUCUACUGCACUAAAGAAGAGGCCACCACCAUUUUUGAGGUGGCGCAUUCGGUCGGCCUGACUGGAUAUGGUUACACCUGGAUCGUACCAUCGCUGGUAGCAGGGGACGCCGACAUCGUGCCCAACGUCUUUCCUACAGGUCUGAUCUCGGUGUCCUAUGAUGAGUGGGACUAUGGACUGGAGGCGCGUGUGCGUGAUGCCGUGGCAAUCAUUGCCAUGGCAACCUCCACCAUGAUGCUGGACAGAGGUCCCCACACACUGUUGAAGUCAGGUUGCCACGGUGCCCCUGAAAAGAAAGGCCCGAAGGGGGGGAACCCCAAUGAAGUUCUGAGAUACCUCAUGAAUGUGACAUUCGAGGGGCGCAAUCUCUCCUUCAGCGAGGAUGGCUACCAGAUGCACCCCAAGCUGGUUAUUAUUUUGCUGGAUAAGGAGAGACAGUGGGACAGGGUGGGUAAGUGGGAGAAUGGCUCGCUGACCAUGAAGUACCAUGUGUGGCCACGCUUUGAGCUCUAUUCAGACGCAGAAGAAAGGGAUGAUGACCACCUGUCUAUCGUCACACUGGAGGAGGCCCCAUUUGUUAUUGUGGAGGAUGUGGACCCCCUCAGUGGGACCUGCAUGAGGAACACGGUUCCCUGCAGAAAACAGCUCAAAGCCCAAAACCAAACAGGAGAUUCAGGGAUCUAUAUCAAACGCUGUUGCAAGGGCUUCUGCAUAGACAUCCUCAAAAAGAUCGCUAAAUCUGUGAAGUUCACCUACGACCUCUACCUAGUGACCAAUGGAAAACACGGCAAGAAGAUCAAUGGCACGUGGAAUGGCAUGGUGGGCGAGGUGGUGUUUAAGAACGCCCACAUGGCGGUGGGCUCUCUGACCAUCAACGAGGAGAGGUCAGAAGUCAUUGACUUCUCCGUCCCCUUCAUAGAGACGGGCAUUAGUGUCAUGGUCUCACGUAGCAAUGGCACCGUGUCUCCUUCUGCAUUUUUAGAACCGUUCAGUGCUGAUGUGUGGGUGAUGAUGUUUGUGAUGCUGCUGAUCGUAUCUGCUGUGGCAGUCUUUGUCUUUGAGUACUUCAGUCCGGUUGGCUAUAACCGCUGUCUGGCGGAUGGACGAGAGCCAGGUGGUCCCUCGUUCACAAUCGGAAAGGCCAUAUGGCUGCUCUGGGGUCUAGUCUUCAACAACUCUGUGCCUGUACAAAACCCCAAAGGCACCACCAGUAAGAUAAUGGUAUCAGUGUGGGCCUUCUUUGCUGUGAUCUUCCUGGCCAGUUACACUGCCAACCUGGCUGCUUUCAUGAUCCAAGAGGAGUACGUUGACCAGGUGUCUGGCCUCAGUGAUAAGAAGUUCCAACGGCCAAAUGACUUUUCUCCGCCAUUCCGUUUUGGCACAGUUCCCAAUGGCAGCACGGAGAGGAACAUUAGGAACAACUACAAAGAGAUGCACAGCUACAUGACCAGCUUCCACCAGAAAAACGUAGACGAGGCCCUCCACAGCCUGAAAACAGGAAAAUUGGAUGCAUUUAUCUAUGAUGCUGCUGUGCUGAACUACAUGGCGGGCAGAGAUGAGGGCUGCAAGCUUGUGACAAUCGGUAGUGGUUAUAUAUUCGCUACCACAGGCUACGGCAUUGCCAUCCAGAAAGAUUCUGGUUGGAAGAGACCUGUGGACCUGGCCAUUCUGCAGCUAUUUGGAGAUGGUGAGAUGGAGGAGCUGGAGGCACUGUGGUUGACUGGGAUUUGUCACAAUGAGAAGAAUGAGGUGAUGAGCAGCCAGCUGGACGUCGACAACAUGGCCGGCGUCUUCUACAUGCUGGGGGCGGCAAUGGCGCUGUCGCUCAUCACCUUCAUAGCUGAGCACCUGUUCUACUGGCAACUACGCUUCUGCUUUAUGGGCGUGUGUACGGGCAAGCCCGGCCUGACCUUCUCCAUUAGCAGGGGCAUCUACAGCUGCAUCCAUGGUGUUCAAAUCGAGGAGAACAAAUCAGGCCUCAACUCUCCGUCAGCCACCAUGAACAUGAACAUGAACAACACCCACUCUAACAUCCUUCGCUUGCUGCGCACAGCUAAAAACAUGACCUCCGUGCCUGGGGUCAAUGGCUCCCCCCACAGUGCCCUGGACUAUGGCCACCGUGAGUCGGCUGUCUAUGACAUCAGUGAGCAUCGACGCAGUCUGGCAGGCCAUAGUGACUGCAAGCCCCCACCUCCUUAUCUGCCAGAAGAUAAUAUGUUCAGCGACUAUGUGAGUGAUGUGGAGAGGACUUUUGGGAACAUGCAUCUGAAGGACAGUAACCUGUACCAGGAUCAUUACCUGCAUCACCAUGGGGGCACGGGAUCCGGACUGGCUCUGGGUAUGUCGGGUCCCUUGCCUAACCGACCUCGUAGCUUAGGCAGUGCCAGCUCAUUGGAGGGAGGGAUGUACGAUUGUGACAGUUUAGGGGGAGGGGUAGCACCUAUUUUCACCACCCAGCCCCGCCAGUCGCUGACACACAGGAACAGGGAAAAGUUUGACCUGAUUGCAGGCCACCCCACCCAAUCGAGCUUCAAGUCUGGCCUGCCUGAUCUAUAUGGGAAGUUUUCCUUCAAAGGUGGGGCGUCCAGUUCAGGGUUUAUCGCGGGACAUGACAGGUACUGUGGGGGAGGUGGGGCGGGCUCGGGAGGGGAUGACGGAAAUAUCCGUUCUGAUGUGUCAGAUAUUUCCACUCACACCGUGACUUAUGGAAAUCUUGAAGGCAACGCUAAGCGACGCAAGCAGUACAGGGACAGCCUGAAAAAAAGGCCAGCAUCUGCCAAGUCACGCCGGGAACAGGAUGAAAUUGAGCUGGGCUUCCGGAGGCGCACCCACCACACCAUCCACCACCACCACCACCAUCAUCCUGUUACACAAGGGCACCGUUCAGCUACCCCACCUGUGGAACGCAAGAGCCUGAGAGGGGGAAACUCCUCAUACAUGUUCCGUGACAAAGAUAAUCUGAGGGACUUCUACAUUGACCAGUUCCGAUCCAAGGAAGGGGCAUCCCAGUGGGAGCACUUGGAUUUGAGUGAUGCUCCUGGAAUAGGUGGCGGAGGGGCGUGCACUAGUUUGGUUCCUGUGGACGAUUUCUUGAAAGGUAAAUCCAAGAAGACAGAGUGGGUGGGGGGUUUGGCCGGAGGGGAUUGGGAAUGCCGUAACUGCCAUAGCGGAGGCAACAAGCCUGUUUGCAUGCAUGGGGGAGGAGGAGGUGUAGGGGGAUCAAGUGGAGGAGGUGGGGGUAGUGGACAAGCCUCCAGUCGGCCAAGCUCAGCCACUUGCAAGCGAUGCGAUUCAUGCAAGAAGCCAGGCAACUUGUAUGACAUCAGUGAGGACAACCACCUCCUCCUGGAUCAGAUAGGGAGUGGAGGGGCCCAAACCCAGGUGCAGAGGCGCAAGUUUGGCCCAGGGGGCAGGGUGUUACGUAGGCAGCAUUCCUAUGACACAUUUGUAGACCUUCAGAAAGAAGGGGCGGGUAGGAUGGGAGGCUCUGGGGGGUUUGGAGGAGCAUCUGUGCUUCCUCAACCCCGAAGUGUGAGCCUGAAAGAAAAAGAUCGCUACAUGGAAGGUGCAAGCCCAUAUGCCCAGAUGUUUGAGCGGUAUAUGGGAGGGGAGCGAGAGACUACGUUUUUUAGUGGUGGGGACCGGGGGAAGGGAGGUGGCUCAUCGUUUAACUUGUUCCGUGGGGGUGAGGGUGGGUUGCACCGUCGCUCGGUAGGCGAAAGAGACAUGAGGGACAGGGAUAGAGGCAUGAUGGGAGGAGGUAUGGGAGGUACCCGAGGGGUUGGGACUUACUCCUUGUCUAAAUCUCUCUACCCAGAUAAGGUGAACCAGAACCCAUUCAUCCCAACCUUCGGCGAUGACCAGUGCCUAUUACAUGGCGCCAAAUCGUACUACAUCAAAAAGCAGCAGGCACAGCCGCAGCACUCUGCCUCUGCUGGGGUUUUGUCCAACGUGGGACCCCGUUUUCCCAAGGAGCUGUGCCUGGCUGGGCCCCUCAGCAACCACCAUGGAGGGGCAACAGGCAACAACAAGCUGCUGUCAUCAAGGGACGGGUUAGGGAUGGGGCAAGGACAGAGACCUUUCAAUGGCUCAAGUAAUGGACACGUAUACGAGAAGCUCUCCAGCAUUGAAUCUGAUGUCUGAUGUUUAUGUGCAAGUGAGAGACAGAGACAGAAAGAGAGAAAUGGAAAGAGAGAAGUGGAAAUUCAAAAGCAAAGAGGCAGCAGACUAAGGUAACGACCAACAGAUUGUGUCUACUUUGUAAUUUCACUUUCAAAACCAAGAAACAAGCAAGAGGAACUGAUCUAUGCUUAAUACAGGUGGACGUAGCACUGUUGGAGCACUGUAAAUAAAGAGAAGGGACCUGCUCACAAGACAAAAGCUCAGACCAUAUAGUGACAACCUCAGUAUAUCCUUCUUUUUAUCCUCUCUUCUUUUUAUUGUCCCUUCUAUUUUUCUGCUCCUUAUACCAAAACACAAUAUCCGAUUCAGCUUAGGUACAGAGACCUGGUACAAUCGUGAAGAGAAAUCAGUUAUUGUCUAGAAACAACAGGGUAAACCUUACAAUAAUUGUAUUGGUGGUGUUAACAAUAAUAUUAUUAGAUAUGAUUACAAUGUUUAUGAUGUUCAGUUUGGGAUUGAUUUCUGUAUGUUAUAUGCUAUAGUAUCUUUGUCCUCUGCUUACAAUUCUUUGUUAGCAUAGUACUUUGCAGAGAAUUCUUAUUUCAUCAUGGGUUGUCAUUUGAUCCUAUUUGUCAACUGAGCUUGCAUUGUCUUACAUCAUCAUGCCAUUUUGCCCUGAUCUGGAGCUCCAGGACCACCAGGGACAAUGCCAAGCUGGAAAAAAUUUAAACAAACUUGUUUUCCUUUCAGCUUUAUUUACUAUUAAUUAUUCAUGUUUAUUUCUUUUAUUGAGUGCUGUAAUAUUGUAUGUAAAAGGCAUGAUUUGCAAAGUACUUCAGUUGUACUCGAGAUAUUGUGCUGAAGGACAAUUAUUAUGAUCUCUUUUUAUGGCUUUACAAUUUUUAUAAUGUUGCAUUAAUGUCGUUAGAACGUUGGUUUAGUACACAGCACAUUACGUGCCUUAGCAGGAGUCCCAGAAUUCUAAUUAUACAGGUCAUGUUACUAUGGCAACUUUCUGGUCACUGCACACAGAUUGGUCAUUGGAUGAGUACUGGAUCGUUACUUGUGAUAAAGACACCUGAUUGGAAUCACAAUGUCCAAUUACGUGCAGAGACACAACACAAUCCUAAAUUGUAUGAUUGUGCAGCACGGAUGUAAAUUCAGAACGAUUGUUUUACAAAAUUAGUUUUGAACUGAAUUUGCACAGCUCUGUGUGAAACCUGUUCAAUAGAUAACAAAUUGCAUUUAUUUAGUGCAUUUAUUAGACUUAAAAUUCAGACAGGAAAAAUACCUUGUAAAUGUCUUAUAUAUUUGAAUUGAGCUGCAGGGUGUUAAGUUCAAAUACUGGACAAACAAACAUCAAUCAAUUCAUUAUUUUUUCACACUUGGUUUUGAAUUAAUUUUGUCCCUUUCUUUUUGUGCACCCUUAGUCAACAAUGAGGUGGGUGUUACAGGAUAUUAUGAAAGAGCUUUGCCUUGGCAUUUGCUUGUAUUUUAUAAGUGUAAAUAUUCUUUUUUCCCCCCCCACAGUGUACAGUGAGUAUACAGCAAAGAUGUAACUUUAGAAAUGUGUUUUACUAAAGUAGAUUUUAAAUGAAAUUAGAAUAUUUGCACAAUUCAACCUGGCCAAAAAUGAUGAAUACAGAGAACAUAAAAAUUAUAAUAUGAUAAGUACAAUAGUUACUUAUGUCUUUACUAUCACUAUGUCUUUUCACAGAUGGCACCCUGACUAGCUCUGGGAGGCAGAAUAAUCUUUCUUGGUUAUAUAACAGUUAAAUAAGUGCUGUUCUGUUAUGAACACCCUUCUUUUUUUAUUUUUAUUUUUUAUUUUAUUCCAAAUAAAUUUGUUGCAUUGAUGCCUACUACACAAAUUUAACAUUAUGGACUUAACCAUUUAUGUAUAUUAAACCACCCACUCUUGGACAACCAGCAAUAGUCUAUAAAUAGUCAGAAUUACUGUUUACAUACAGGUAUUUUGACUAGAAUUACAUGGAUUUGACAAAAAUUACACUUAGUUAACUUUCUAACUAGUCAAUUAUUUAAAUAGAUUAACCAGAAAAACUGGUCAUUUAGUUGUGUAGUCACUAGUAUGUGCCAUUUUAGCUUUUUUAAUCCCACCAAUGAACAUAUAAAUUUUGCUGGUUGUUCCAGAAAUCCAAUUAUUUUCCCAUAUACCUAUAUAGCUCUAUAUGAGUUGUUUUUUUUGUGUGUGUGUGUGAAAUAUACCUUUUCUUUAUUCACAUUUUAUAAACAUACUCUCAGCCAAACAGAUCUCCAAUUCAAGCACAAUGUUUAUACUAAUAAUUGCUGUGUAAAUAUCUAUUUUGUGGACUUUAAGGAAACACCACUUUUAUUGCCACACUUAUUUUAUUUUUUUAUUUCUUUGCUGUGUGAGAGUUUGUGAAACCGUGAGUACAUUGUGAGAUACAUGCAUGCACCUUUCUUUCUAUUUUGCAUUCCAGCUUUUAGAUUAUGUAUAAUUCGAAGACCACGUUUAGUGUUUUUCUUUUUCGUGUAAAGAAACGUGUCUUUCUUUUGCUUAACUUGUACCAGUUAGUGCCACAAAGAGUUCAAACUGAUAACUGUAAGGUCUGGCAUGAUGGGUGAAAAUACUAAUGAGAAUGGACAUUUUGGAAUAUAUAUAUUUAAAAAAAAAAUGGAUGGAUGUUUGACAGAAAGCAUUAUCAUGUCCUCAGCCUGAUUCACAGUGUGUGGGGUUCUAACUUGAGAACAAGUUUAUUUUCAUUCUUGUGUUCAUAGGGCUAAUUUUUUCACUUUAAGCAAUUGAAAUCUUAACCUAUCAUUGCAAAAAAAAAAAAAAAAAAACAAACAAACAAAAAAAAGAUAUAUGCAUGUUUGACCCUUGGCAAAAUGUGUUUUUAUUUUAAGCGUGGUCUUUUUUUCUUAUUGAAGGUACACUUUUCCUUCAGUCAAGUGUGUUCCUGAAAUGACAGAUAUUUUGCAAGUUCUGUGUACAAUUAUGCAGUGUGGCCACUUCUUCUGUCACUCUUGAUGUUUUAUGUGGGAUGGAUUUGGUAGCACAGGACAGGGAAAAUCUGUGUGUGUGGGUGAGACUGGAAGAGCGAGUGUCUAUCAGAAAGGAAGUCACACAGGCUAACUCAUAAGCUAUGGGGUUAGCAGUCCUAUGGAACACAAUGAAUUGCCUGUUAAAAUUCCUUAUUUUUGGGCGAAAUUGAGCUGGCAAGGAAUUGGGUUCGCCUUUGCUCUUCCUCAGAAACAGCUGCAGUUCUUCCUGUAACAUAGCCUAUAGUUUGGACUCGCACCAAUUCACUGGAGGCUCUGUGAUAGCAGAGUUGUUAGGCUGCAUGUAGGUGGAGAUCACGAGAGACUAUGGCAGGAGUGUACACAUGAGAGAGUGAAAGAUAGUAGCCUACAUUUCAUUUUUGCACUCUAUUAUCAUUUUCACUCAAGUAUAGGAUUCUUGGGAGUUGGCUGUUGCACAAAGAGAGUGCAACAUUGUUACUGAGGGUAUGCUUAUCAGUCCCUGUUUUCCAUUUGCUCCCCAAAUCCUCAUCUGCUACUGUAUGUCACAGGUAUUUGUAGAAUAUAUGUGCCUGAAUUCAUGCUUGAUUACCUCUGUGUGUGGGUAUGUGUGAGACGCACUGCACAUGCGUUGAAGUUCUGCUGUAAAUAAAUAAGUCCCCUUUUCCAUAAUUUUUAAUAUAUGGAGAUAUGGAUACUAAGAUUGGGUAAUUUGGCAUACACUUUUGUUAGGAAGGUUUUAUAACCACCAUAGACGUAUAACAAGAUCAUGUGACCAAGGGUAGACCUGAUAUUGAAAGGAUAAGACGUACGCCUUUGUUGUCUUUCAUAUAAAUUGAUAUUUCUAAUUCUCUUUUUUUUCUUGGUUUUUCGACACUUAUUUUAAAUGUUACUGACAAAUUACAAAUGUACAGAUUGUGUAAAUAUGACCAAAUGGUUUCUCUUAAUCCAUUUUUUGUAUAGAGAGAGAUUACCUGUGUUUAAGAUUACAAUAAUAAUUUAACGGGAAAUUUCACAGUACUUAAGCUACUGAGAAUACAGACACAGUAUGUGUGAAAUAUAAGUGCUAAGAUAUAUUCUUCUGUCUCUUUGUACAAAACAGUGUUGACAAUAAA